AUGCAAUACCUACAAGUUUUUGAUAAUCAAAGAAAACAUAUUGUCCGACUAAUUUUAAAUACAGAUAAUACAAUUAGUUACGAGUAUUUCAAACAAACAUUUCCUGAUGCUACUGGUUUACUCGAAAUCGAUGAAGAUGUCUAUACUAGUAUUCCAUUGGAUGGAAAUAGAAAUUUUGCUCAUAAUUGGAACAAUGAUCUUAUUUAUGAUCUUAUUUACGCCAAAUCAAGUAAUAAUCGAGUUCCUACAUCAUCAAUGACAUACAAAGAUAAAAUUUGGGCAUGGAUGGGAGUAGUUGGAAGUGAGAAUUUUUUAACAUUAUUUUAA